CUCUUGGCCUUUCGAAACACUGUCCAAAUCCAAACAAAGACGGUUGUUGUUUGGCGAUCGGUUCGUUUAUUAAUUUUAAUUGAGCGUUGACACAUUUAAUACAUUGUUAACAUGUUGGUGUGCGCUUUUAUUUGCGGCAAAGCUUUUGUUUGUAUUAUCUCAAAGACCAGAAAAGCUGGAAAAAUUUAAUGCAAGGUACUCAUUCCACCGGGCAACCACGACGACGAACGACAAAGUGCAAAAAUUAUGAUCUUGUCUGGAUAGUAGGAGCACCCACACGACACCUCAGGAGUAGUUCAUGGCGAUAUCUAAACUGUGAUACAUUGUGUCAUUUUCGAGCACAAGGAUUAAACUGAAAUAAUUUACAGACUGGACCAUGGUGCGACUCAAUCGACGCCUGCUGCCUAUCAAGGCUCACUUUUUCUUCUUUAUGGCUGCCAUGGGUCCAAUUCUACCCCAAUUGGCGGUAAUUGGCAAACAAAUUGGUGUGCCUCCGGAUGUAAUGGGCUAUAUUAUGGCCGUCCUGCCCAUCCUUUAUGUCCUAGCCAAGCCCCUUGUGGGUUUUCUGGCUGAUUACUUUACGAGCCUUCGAAAAUUCAUAUUUAUCACACUUAUCCUCAUAAUGACUCUGGCCUUUGCUGGCUUCUACUUCCUGCCCGGGAAUGAGCAUUCGAUCCAGCUAGGGGACAGUAAGGACACGUGGAAUGUUACAUUGAAGGAGAGCCCCAAGGACUGCAGUCCCACGAUAGAGUCCUCCUCAUCCUUUUGCCAAGUAGCUUAUUCGGCGGAUUGCAAUCUGGGAGAAACGUUAAGUUUCUCUGCCCUAAUAGUUGCCCACGAGGACAGUCUCAAUCUCAGCCAGAAUCUCUUGCACGGCAAUGAGAGCUACCACUUAUGCCUCACCGAACCGCUAACCUGGGAUUGGAGUAACUCCAUCUCCGCAUCUUGCCAGCUCCAGCAUGUGAGUUCCUGCAUCUAUGGGGACAGCAAGUUCUGGCUUUUCGUGUGCUUACUUUUCAUCGGAACUAUUGGCUUCAAUGUAACCAAUUCCAUAUCCGAUGCCUGCUGCUUUGACCUCCUGGGAGAGAAACAGGACAAGUACGGAGCUCAGCGGGUGUGGGGAACCAUUGGAUUUGGGGCCACUGCUAUGCUGGGGGGCAUCGUGGUCAAUUGGUGGACCUCGGAUGCGGUCAAGAACUUGACUCCAGCCUUGGUCAUCAUGUGCGUGUUCAGUCUGCUUGAUCUGUUCAGUGUGUCCAAGCUGAAGCUGCCCAAACUGGGCGGCUCCGAGUCCAUUUGGAAGGACGUGUGGCAAUUGGUACGGCAGCCACCAAUUGUGGUGUUCCUGUUCUUCGCGACGAUGGCGGGAAUCAUCGAUUCGUUCAUCAUCUACUUUAUGUUCUGGCACCUGGAGCAGGUGGCCGAAGCCACUGGCUACAUGCACCAAAUCAAGCUGAUCGAGGGACUGGUGGUGGCCGCCGAGUGUCUGGCCGGUGAAGUGCCAUUCUUCUUCUACAGCGGCAAGAUCAUCAAGAAACUGGGAUAUGUCCAUUGCAUGAGCAUGUGCUUCUUUUUCUAUGCGGUGAGACUGUCGUUGAUAGCUUGGAUUCCCAAUCCCUGGUACCUGGUGGGCGUGGAGCUCUUCUUCCAGGGCAUCACCUAUGCCCUUUGCUACACUUGCAUUGUGGCCUACGCCUCGGCAGUGGCUCCUCCUGGCACUUCGGCUACUGUUCAAGGACUGAUGGCUGGGAUGGACGAUGGUCUGGGAUUCUCCAUUGGAUCCUUGGUCGGCGGAUACAUGUUCAAUAGAAUUGGUGGACGCGAGAGCUUCAAGUACUUUGCCAUCGCCGCGAUAUGCACCUGUGUGGCUCACAUCGUGGUGCGUCCUACCUCCAGGAAGCGUCAGUUCCUGCCGAAUCAGGGAUACCAGCAGCCUGCUGAGCAGGACAUUAAGCUUCCGCCGCCUCAGGAAUUGCAGGACAUCCAAUUGGAAAAUAAGACUGUAGAUUAAGUAUACUCUCACUGUCGUAGUUGUUGCAUAUUUGUACGCUAUUUUAUAAUAAAAAAAAUUAAAAAACGA